AUGCCUGACAUUAUUGACUUAACAGCCUCAUCUCCACCUAUGACACGUCAAACAAGAAGUUCAACUCAAGCACUCUCUUCAACCUCUGCACCCUCGAGAAAGGAGCAGACAAUAGACGGUUCCUCUCACAAACCAAAGAUAGAAACUCUAUCGUCAAGACUCUCUUUCUCUCGCCUUUCCAUCUCAGAAGAACACCACGAUGCCCUCAUCUUAAAACGCAACUGGCUGACCUCUCACACUGUUCCCCUUCCCCAAGAUGUCCUCCGAUCUCUCGUCCUGAGUCCAAAGACAUACCAUAGUCCAGUGGACGCAACAUUCGUCUUUGCACAGUCUGAGGCUGGAACUGCAGUCUGCAUCUCACCCGAUGGCGUCCUCCUCACCUGUGCCCACUGCGUUGCGGAAGAACCCUCUGAGCUCACUGCCAACCCAUCAUGCGUCCUCGUAUCAUCAAAUGGAAAGGUUGUCUCGACGACAGUGGUAGCUUGGGAUCCAAUACGUGAUCUCGCAUUACUUCUGAUCGACAAAGCCGAGCUUCACCACAGACCGUUUCCCUAUGCUUAUAUCGCAUCAUCACCUCCCAAGUUCAACUCCAAGCUCCUAUGCAUAGGCCAUCCGGGCUCCGAGGAUCUCGAGGCUGAACGCAGUGGUGUAAAGACAGAGUACGACACACUAGUUCUCAGCGAGGGGACCUUCUGUGGGCUAGAUAAGGAUCAAGAUCCGCAGGAUAAUAGUGAGAUCGGUGCUCUUAAGCAUAGCUGCUGGACGUACUGGGGACAUAGCGGUGCAGGAUUGUUUGAUCGAAAAACGGGGGCGUUGGUAGGCGUGCAUUCAAGCUGGGACGACGAGACAGGCAUGAGGAGGGGAGUACCAUUGGAAGCGGUGGUUGAGUUCGUCGAAGAGGUUGAGGCGAGCAAGAGGGAAGACUUUACAGAGGAGUGGCAAUGGUAUAUGAGGUGA